GUCAUGAGAACUCGGCAUCCCAGGGUGUUGGAAAACGCGGGACGUUGAACGCUCUCCCAUUCCUUUGACCGUCACCAUGCAAGAGAAUAUUGGCCGCAUUGCACCUCCGGGCAGCACCGGGAUCAAGAUCAUUGUUGUCGGUGCUGGAUACGCCGGACUGGCGUGUGCAAUUGAGUGUACGCGCAAAGGGCACGACGUGGUGAUACUCGAGAGAGUACAGAAGCUGAAGGUGUUGGGCGAUAUCUUGAGUCUGGGACCCAACGCAGGCCGAAUCCUCGCUCGAUGGGGGUUGCAUGACCGGGUGUGGGCUGUGUGCGGUCACCAUCCGUGUAUGAACCUGCACAAUCACCUCGGGGAGCUCGUCCGCGUCCAAAAGUUCGAACAACCCAAGUUUGGCGCAUACAGCUACAACGGACACCGCGCCGAGAUUCACCGGAUCUUGUACGAGCACGCAGAAGAGCUUGGUAUCAGCAUUCGCAUGGGCGAGGAGGUAACAGAGUACUGGGAGGACGGGCGGCGAGGCGUGAGUGGAGUGGUUCUGCGGGGUGGUGAGAGGCUUGAGGCAGAUAUGGUCGUUGCUGCAGAUGGAGUAAGGAGUUUCGCUCGGAAGUUCGUCUUGGAUUACCAAGACAAGCCAAAGCCAUCUGGCUAUGCCGUAUAUCGGGCUUGGUUUGACGCAGCCGAGCAAGGCGUUGACACGGACCCGCUCACUCGUCAUAUGGUGACGAACGGGGACGUCUUCUACGGCUGGAUAGGCCAAGACGUACACUUCCUUACCACAUCCAACCUCGGUGGAAAGUCGAUUUCAUGGGUCAUCACGCACAAAGAUGACACCGAACUCCUCGACACCUCGUCGCUUCCAGGUAAGAUGGAGGACGUCCUCAAGAUCGUCGAAGGCUGGGACCCACGCUGUGCCGCGAUCCUUUCGAAGGCUCCCGAGUGUGUUGACUGGAAGCUCACGGUCCACGAUCCGCUGCCCACGUGGGUCAGCAAGGGCAGACGAAUCAUUUUGAUCGGCGAUGCCGCGCAUCCAUUCUUACCCACUAGCAUUCAGGGUGCAUCGCAGGCGAUCGAAGACGGCGUUACGCUCGCCACCGUCCUUCAAAUCGCUGGGAAGGAUAAUAUUCCCGUUGCACUGCAAGCCUGGGAGAAGAUCAGGUACCAACGCGUACGCAACGCGCAGCUAAUGGGCGAGUCUACACGGGACAAGUGGCAUCAGGCAAAGCCCGAGGACAAGGGCGAGCAGCUCGAUCUCCCAAUGCCCGAGUGGUUAUUUGCUUUCGAUGCUGAGGCGCAUGCGUACAAGGUCUUCGACGAGGUUAGGAAGGGGAUUGAGAGGGACGGAUAUCGUCUUCCGAGCCUGGCUUGAACGCUGCGAGUUCGUCGACUGAUCGCUACCGCUAUUGCUGUGUCUUAUUUCUACAGAAAUCACCUCCGCUGAAUGCUUCAC